AUGGAGAACACAGAAAAGGGUCAUGCCGCCGAUUACAACGAGGAUGAGGCUCGUCUUGCCAGGCUGGGUUACAAGCAAAAUAUGAAGCGCCAGUUCUCUGGACUUCAGAAUUUUGGAUUCACUCUGACUAACUCGUCUGUUCUGAUCGGGAUUGUGCCCCUGUUCGGCUUUGGAAUGACCGCCGGAGGCCCUGUGGUUGCCAUCUGGGGCUGGCUCCUCGUCGCCUUCUUUGUCAUGUUCAUUGGCUUGGGAAUGGCCGAGAUCUGCAGUACAUACCCCACCGCUGGAGGGCUGUACUUCUGGACCGCCAAGCUUGGUGGACCCAAGUGGGGUCCCAUGUUCUCCUGGUACGAAGCCUGGUUCAACAUGCUUGGACAAGUCGCGGGAUGCUCCGGAUCUGUUCUUGCUGCCGCUACGUUCAUGAACAACCUCAUCUCUGUAUGGCAGCCCACGUAUGAAACGGACGGCAAGAAGAACUUUUAUAUCAUGGCAGCGUUGAUGGUUAUCGCUGGUCUUGUCAAUAGUGCCGGUGGCCGUGCUCUGAAAAUUGCAUCGUUGGUAUCGGUUUUUAUUCACAUAGUGGGCACGAUUGUGAUUAUCAUAGUCGUUCUAGCCGGUGCUCCCAAGCUGCAGACUGCCAAAUUUGUGUUCACAGACUUUGAGGACCAUACCGGCUACACGACCUCGUCGAGUGCAAGCCCUGUCUUUGUCUUUCUGCUUGGUUUGCUUCAGUCGCAAUGGUCAAUGCUUGGCUACGAUGCCUCCGCUCACAUGUCGGAAGAGACCGAAAAAUCGUACGUGAACGGCCCUCGCGGCAUCCUGCUGUCCAUCUUUGCAUCAGUCUUGAUUGGUCUCGGCCUCGCCCUUGCCCUCACAUUUGGCAUCCAGGACUACAAUACCACUCUGAGCAGCAGCAUUGGUGCCGCGCCUCAGAUCUUCAUCGACUGUGCAGGGAAGAGGGGCGGCAGCGUCCUCAUCUUCAUUAUCGUCUUUGCCGGUUUCCUCUGCGGCAUCGCGACCGUGGCCGCCAACUCGCGCAUGAUCUACGCCUUUGCCCGCGACGGCGGUCUUCCCUUCUCGCGCUACUGGACGGUCCUUAAUAGGCGCACGCAGAUGCCCCUCCGUCUCGUCUGGCUCUCGGUCGUGAUCAUCAUCAUCCUUGCUUUGCCCUCAUUCGGAUCGACGGCAACGCUGAGCGCCAUCUCUGGAAUCUCCAUCAUUGGCUUCACGGUCUCGUACGCGAUCCCUAUCCUGCUCCGUAUUACCGUCGGCGCUUCGACCUUUGUGCAGCACGAGUUCAACUUAGGCAAGUUCUCCAGACCCGUUGGCUGGAUUGCCGUUAUCUGGACCAUCUUUAUUUUCAUCAUCUUCAACUUGCCUCAAAGUUGGCCUGUCGACGACAUGAAUGCCUUCAACUUUACACCUGCAGCUGUGGGCUUCUUGUUGAUCUUCACGACCCUGACUUGGUUCCUAUCCGCACGCCACUGGUUCAAGGGACCAGUCUCAGAGAUUGCUCUUCAGGAACUGGAUGGCAUCGUACCUGUCGACCUGGACGAGAAGCAAGACACCGAGAAGACUAACUAA